AUGGAGCAUUUGAGAGUUGUAUUGUCGGUUCUUCAAGAGAAGCAGUUGCUUACAAAGUUUAGCAAGUGUGAGUUCUGGAUGUCUGAAGUCAUGUUUCUUGGACAUGUCAUAUCCGGCGGUGGCAUAUAUGUAGACCCUACAAAGGUAGAAGCAGUAAUAAAUUGGGAGCAACCCAAGAAUGCAACUGAGGCCCGUAGUUUCCUAGGAUUGGCAAGUUACUAUCGGAGGUUCAUUAUGGGCUUUUCUAAGUUGGCACUACCUUUGACCAGGCUUACAAGAAAGGAAGUUUCAUUCGAAUGGAAUUCAGAAUGUGAGAAGAGUUUUCAGAAACUCAAGGAGAAGUUAACUACUGCUCCGGUGUUAAUGAUCCCAUAUCCAAAUCGAUCUUACGAAGUAUUCUACGAUGAUUCUAAGACAGGUUUAGGUGGAGUGUUGAUGCAAGAUGGGAAAUUCAUGGCUUACGCAUUAAGACAAUUGAGAUCUCAUGAAGAGAAUUACCCUACUCAUGACCUUGAACUUGCAACAAUAGUAUUUGCACUCAAGGUGUAG